AUUGCAUAUACUGGAUACAGUUAGAUAAGAAAAGAUGGUCAGAGUUAGUGUGCUGAAUGAUGCUCUCAAGAGCAUGUACAAUGCCGAAAAGAGGGAAAAGCGUCAGGUCAUGAUUAGACCUUCAUCAAAAGUCAUCAUCAAGCUCCUCAUUAUUAUGCAGAAGCAUGGUUACAUCGGAGAAUUUGAGUACGUCGAUGAUCAUAGGUCCGGAAAGAUUGUUGUCGAACUGAAUGGAAGGCUAAACAAGUGUGGUGUCAUUAGUCCUCGCUUCGAUGUUGGAGAUUGA